AUGUGUUGGUUCUCGCUGAGAACUGUGCCAAAAUGGGAGAAAAAGUUGAAAAAAGGGUUCGCGGAACUGCAAGAGGCAAUAAUAACGUUGAAAAAAGAACCGAAUGGUCCGCUACGGAAAUGUCUUGAGUCAGGAAACAUUAAUAAGUUAAGAGAGAGCUUGUCUGAAAAACUUAAUGACGUUGAUGUUAUUCAACUUGAAUUAAUGAUCAGAGCUGUGGAUUUGAUCAGGAACUCAACCACUGAAUUCAAAAAUGAUGUAAUACAAGAACCGCUUCAUACACGCAUCAUAUGGGAAGAACCUGCCACGCAAGAAUUUUCGAAUACAACUAGUCCAUCUUGUUCAAAUGCAACAACCAGAAAUUUUCAAACAAACUUGUCAAACAUCCAUGCAGAUUACGACAAAAGAAUGAGAAACAUUCGAGAUGGGCUAGAGAAGAUAGUGCCGACCAAAAAGUGGCAAAGUUCAGACUCUCCUCUAUCUUCUCCGUCUACUCCAAACUGGAACACACAAGAAUCAAAUGAUGAUACAGAGUGGGAAAGGGAGAACCAUGGCUACGACCCAGAAGAUUUUGCUCCAGAAUUGAGCCAAGAACAGUUUAACGAGAAAUUGGGAAAUUCGUUGUUGAAUGGUAUCAAACUGGAAAUUCAGAAGGCUAAUGAGCAGGAAGAAAACCUUAGAAAAAAUAAUCUGGAAUUCAAGCAAAAGUUGAGCAAAAUUUCAGAAGAAACUCGCCAGAAAAACCUAGAUGGAAAAAGAGAUAGAGCGGAAUAUGAGAAGGAAACCGAAAGACUUCGACAAGAGCGUAUAAGUGAAUGGGAAGCCACUACAGCAGCAUUCAUACAAUGUGUCCACUUGAAGCAUCAUUUUGUAAAAGAGGAAGACUCAUGGUCAGCAUGGCUAGAAGAUAUGAAAGAUGAAAUAUCCACUGCGAAAACCCGAUUCUCCCAAUUCGAAACCUUAAUUUCCUUCAAAAAAUAUGAAAUGAUGAUAGUCGAGGAAACGGAAAUUUUGAUGGAGCAACUACCCAUACUUCAUAAUUUGACGUACAACGCUUACGACCGUGUAUAUGAAGCAUGGUUAGACGUGAGAACUUUAUGUGAGAAGUUUCCAACUCGAAUUUUCCUUUUUAUUCUUCAAAAAUAUCUAGUCACGGUUUGUGAUAAAUUAUGUGAUGUAAUGAGGAGCAUCGAUGAAUUUCAUAACACUCCAGUCACACUCCAACAUAUUCGUGAAUCCUUCGGUCAAUUGCACGUAUUCAAUAUUCCUUCUACAUGGCAACUCAAGAAUGAAUCUUUGGAAGCAGAAUGGGACGAUUACUGUAACAUUGGGAAGCCAGCAGUCUAUCGAAGCGAUGCGUCUGUUGUGCAAAUAGAGGAACUUUAA